UGCAGGCUGGUCUGGGCCAUACCACUAUGUUGGUUUUGUCGUGACGCGGCUCAUUUAACUUUUAACAUGUAAACACUGAACUGGAUCGGGAAAGAAGGAUUGACAAUUUUAUUAAGAUUGCUAAAAUAAUAAUUGUAACUGUUUUUUAUUGUACAUAAUAGGAAUAUUGCUAUAUCAUUGUAUUCUCUUUGUUUGAUUGGACUGGUUGAAAUUCAUAGAAAUCCAGCUGGGGUGAAUUUAAUAUAAAAUAAGAAUAAUAUUUGUUAACGCAUGGAAAAAAUAUGCUGGAUUAUAUUAAUAUUUUGACCGAACUGCAUACCAAAAAGGCAGGCAGUAUUAAUAGAACAAUAAAAAUGACAAUCUCAAUACUGUGGAUUAUUACACAUUUAAUAGAAACACAGAAUUACAUAGGGAAUACCUAAUCAAGGUAUCAUUAUUUAACAAAACAUAUAUUUAUUAAAUAUCACAAGUAAUAACACUACAUCAAUAUGACUGUCAGACAGAUCUUGAAACAAAAUAAAGGUCUUUAAAAGCCCAGGCCACAUACAAAAAUAGUAGUCUAUGCCUUGAUUAUGAACUGACAGAUAGGGGAAUUUUGUAAAUGGUGGCUUAGCCUGUCUGUUGUGAUUACAUGUCUAAAAAGUACAUCAUGGUAUAUUUUAGCCACCAUAGAAUUUUCUUAUCUAGAAAAAAAUCUAGCUAUUUUUAUUUGUACAAAAUUAUAGAAAUAGUACAAUGUAUAAUUAGUAAAAUGUUCACUAUACAUGUACAAAUAAUUAAACUUUUAACAAAUGUCGGUACAGCCGCGGUACGAUAUUUAGAGGGUCACGUGUUCGAGUCCAUGUCAGGAUGCACUUUUUUCUCACCCUGUGACUGACAUACAUUUGUAUAGCCCAGCUAGAAAUUAAAUCACAAUGCUUAGUAACCCUGGGAAAUUGGAAGAAAUAUUUGCAUACACAGUAGGUUUAUAACUAUUCAGUAUUUAACAAGUAAAACUUGUAAGCGGCCGAAUAGCUCAGAGGAACUCAAGAGCCGCGGAAUGGUAUUCCGAGUGUCAGGGGUUCGAGUCCCUGCCAGGCUGUUACAUCAAUAUAAUUCUGUCAAGAAAAAUAGGAAGGAACUGUCUAAAAUAAUUAUCACCCUAAAUAGGAUUCGGAUAGGGUUGGACAGUCUUUGAUGAAAAGUCAGAAGAUGAACUUGUCAAGGGGGUUGGGGUGCUAGUCUGAUUACCAUCAUUUGAUGUCUGACGACCCUCAUAUCUAAUAUGUAUUGGUACGCAUAUAAACACCUGUUUGCUGAAUUGAAUAUCAAAAAUGUUGCAAUUAAUUAGUAAUUAAAUCUUAUGCGUAUGUAAACUAGGAUUAAAACUAAUUAAUCUUCGGUGUAAAGCAUGUAGAAAUCUAACCAGUAUUCACCGCGAGGUCACAAACUUUAAUGUAAAUAUCACAAUAAUACUUCUUUAUAUAAUUUUUUCUUUGACAGGGACACACAACAUCUCUUACAUGUUUAAGAAACAAGAAAUUUACAUAAUAUAUCUAUCUAAGAUAUUCUUUUACUUUUCAAUAGUAACAGACGCAAAACACGGUACUUAAGCGCUUAGACGAAAGCAGACGCACGCUAAAUUAGAAACGCACGCUUUCAGACGCACGAUAAACGAAAAAACGAUUCCACGGAAAACGAUAGACGUUAAGCGCUUGUAAACGAUGCACGCUUGAGAAAGCGUUUCAGCAAACGCACAUUGCACGCUAUACGCACGCACGUUACACGAAAAACGGAGGCACGAAAAACGCUAUUUUUGACAACCGAAACAUUCACCCUACUGUUACACCGCAUUUGGUGCUCUAGCUUGUUAUUUCAUAAGAUUGGAUGACCUCUCUUUAAAAAGAAUAGAAUAAGAUUUCUCUUUUUCAGUAAAAUACUAUGAUGUAUUAUUGAAUAGUUACAUGAGGGGCGGAAGUACUUUAACUGGAACUGUUCUCGGACACAGACUUGAUACAUUUUACCUUUACGAACCCUUGUAUAAAAUUUCAAGGCGGACAUAUUGGCAUGGUCACAGCAUGGUGUGCAGAUCUGAUCGUCUAGAGUGCAGACAUGUGGAGCCAUGGAAGGCAAUACCAGACAAAUCAUUUGUAGACAACCUUAACAGGCAUCCGACAGGUUCUCUUGAGCUUGCUAAGAAUAUCUUGAGCAAAACCUACGAUUGCCAGUUCAAUGGCUAUGAACGUACAGUGGUUGAACCUUCGUUAACACCCACAUUAGGAGGUCCAAGCUGGAAUACAACAAGAGAAUGCAUGAAACCCAAGGUCAAUUACCAGAUAUGUUUUCAAGGACAUAUACCGAGAAGGUGUAAAGACUCUACACAUAAAGUCACAAAAGUUUUACGACUUACAACAGACCUAUUGGCGCCUGUUCUGCAGUCACGUGAAAAUCUCAAGGUCAUUCAUCUCUUUAGAGAUCCACGUGCCAUUGUUAAUUCUAGAAUUACAAGUUGGUACCCUUCAUACACGGACAAAAUGAUAAUAGAAAACGCUAAAUCAUUGUGCAAUAAAAUGCUUUACGAUUUUCGUGAAGGUCAAAAAGUGCAAAAAUUAUUCCCAGAUAGAUUCAGAUUUAUUUAUUACGAAGAUUUAAACGUUGUUAUUUUAAACAAGUCUAAACUAUUAUAUAACUAUUUAGGUAUGAAUAUAAAUGAGAAAUAUUACCCAAAUAUCAUGAAACUUUCGGCUUUUAAGGAUGCAGGAUCAGGUGCAAUGGAGCGAAAAAGAAAUACAGCAUUUUGGUGGAGAAAUUCUUUAAAAUGGGAAAUUGUUGAGAAAAUGGAGGAAAUAUGCAAGGAUGUUUAUAAAGAAGUUGGAUAUAAAUCCUUUCACAAUAAACAGGAAUAUGAUGACUUGUCAAUACCCAGUGUAGUCAUACCAAAAGAGUAUUUGAUCAUUUGAGGCUUUUAGUUGAUAGGAAGGCUUCGAGUAUGAAUUGCUAAGAAACUUUUAAUUACAAACUAUGUGUAAUUGUCCUAUAAUGCAAUUUUUAGCUCGACUAUUCGAAGAAUAUGAGAGCUAUUGUAGUCGCCCCAGCGUCGGCGUCCGCGUCUGCGUUGGUUAAAGUUUUUUGUAAAUUCAAAUAUCUCAAUUAUUGCUUGAGAUAUUCAAUUGAAACUUACAAUACUUAUUUAUAGUUACAUUGUUCAUCAGAUUGACAAGUUGGAUAACUCUGCCUGCAAUAUUUACAGAAUUAUGCCCCUUUUUAACUUAGAAAUUUUGGUUAAAGUUUUUUGUAAAUUCAAAUAUCUCAAUUAUUACUUGAGAUACUCAAUUGAAACUUACAAUACUUAUCUAUAGUAACAAUGUACAUCAGAUUGACAAGUUGGAUAACUCUGCCUACAAUAUUUACAGAAUUAUGCCCCUUUUUAACUUAGAAAUUUUGGUUAAAGUUUUUUGUAAAGUCAAAUAUCUCAAUUAAUGCUUGUGAUAUUCAAUUGAAACUUACAAUACUUAUUUAUAGUAACAAUGUACAUCAGAUUGACAAGUUGGAUAACUCUGCCUAUAAUAUUUACAGAAUUAUGCCCCUUUAUAACUUAGAAAUUUUGGUUAAAGUCAAUUAUUGCUUGAGAUAUUCAAUUGAAAUUUACAAUACUUUUUUAUAGUAACAAUGUACAUCAGUUUGCAAAAUUGCAUAGCUCUGCCUGCAAUAUUUGCAGAAUAUUUGCCCCUUUGAAACUUAGAAAUUUUGGUUAAAUUUAAGGUUAAAGGUCUUCAAAGGUAUUUACUUGAAACUCCGACAGUUCUUGUUGUGAGUAUAAUUAGACUCUCUCUAAGGCAUGAAUUUAUAAAAAAAAAUGAGCCCUUUUGUGAAUUUAAAAAAUUUAACAUUAUCAAGGCCCUUUUUCUAUCAAGCACUAAGAAUAGUCGAGCGUGCUGUCCUACCGACAGCUCUUGUUUUUAAUAAAUUAGAUAAUUAAAAAACAGAAAAUGCUAAUUUGAUAAUAAUUGGGCUUUGUUAUUCCAUUUUUCUGACCAAAUCUUUAUUAGAAAAGGGUCUCUCAAAAAGAAAGGCUGAAAAUUUGAAAUUCAUUGUGUCUUUGGUUCUUGUUUCUACCAUUUUGCAGCACAACUUUAAAUAUUUGAUUUAAGUGCUUAUUGUUACAGCACAAUGUGUCUCAUGGUAAAACUUGUCAUUUCAGGGUCAAAAUCACCCUUGAUUGCAAUCACUCAGUUGUAUAAUUAAUGCACUCUACGAGAUGAUAACAAAAGGCUAAAAAACUAAAUUCUUUUGCAAAUACAAUCAGUGUUUUGUGAGACAUUUUCUUAAGUAAGUCUAAAUACAAAUGUUUUGCUGUAUAUGUUUGCAAGCAAGUAGUCCAUUCAUUUGGAUCCCAACCUUUCUCAGUUGGCUUGAAACUGAAAUAAAUUGGCAAUCUCCUAUCUUUAUUACGGAAUCUUUGUAAAGGACAGCAUUACAAAGUUUCGAGAGUGACUGUGUUUUAAAGCCCGACAACUUGUCCGUUCAAAAAAGCUGGAUCGAACAUGGGUUGCAGGAUAUCGUGUUAAUGCACCUCUGCUACCACGAAUCGUCCAUUAAGAAUCUGGACAGAAAAUUUUUAUCACAGACUUGUCAAUUAUUGAGUCAAUUAAAAAUGGUUCUGUUUAUAAUUUUGUCUAAACAGUUAACGUAAAAAAAUGUGCCACUUUUUAAACUGUGUUGAUGUAUUGAUAACCUAUUGUUAAAUAUAACUAUAAUAUGUUUAUGCAUGUAUAUUGACCUAUGUUUAUAUGUGUUGCAUGUAUGGAAGUGGAACGUAAGUUCAAUUCCUUAUUGUUGAAAAAAAAAUUCUGUUCUGUUCUGUUAAAAAAAAACAUCAAUAAGACUCCAUAAUCGUGAUGAUAACUUACCUGUUUAUCAGAUGAAUUUUGUGACUCAUUAAAUAAUAACAGACUUAGCCGUGUUAUAAGCUGAUAGCAGACGAUACUCGAGCCGGACUUUUAGAUAAAAAAUAAUAUUUAUAUAACAUAUUCCACCUCUUUUAGUAUAUAUACAUUAAUAUCUUAUAUAACUAAAAGCUCCUGGUUCUAUAAAUUCACUUUGAAAAGAUUUAAAUAAAUUUGCAUUUUUCAAUCGUAACUUUCCAAACACUUUUUCCUUUGCUCUUAUACAUGCUGUUAAUUAAAGGGAAAUAACAAAAAAUAUUGAAAAUUCUAAACAAUCUUAUAAAAAAACAACCAUUUUUCAACCACAACCUAGAUUCAAACACAUAUUUAAUUCUGCGGUGUUGAUGUCAUGUCGGACCAAAUUGCAUAAAGUCGCACACUGUAUUAAAGACGUUUUCGGUAGUUUUUUUGUGCGCAUCAUUAUGCGCUUCAAAGAAAGAUAAUCAAGGAUAAUUAUUCUUCAAAAAUAGUACUCGGAUAACUGUUUUAAAUUUCGGCUAUAAGCAAAUAAUGAGUAAAUAAUACAGAAUUGAUAAUUCUAAAUGUUCAGGAGGAGAUCGGUUCAAAAGAAUAAGAGGUUGUUUACACAACAUCAGAUAAAGCAUUUCUCCUUGCAUUAGUACGACAGCAUUGAUGAUGAUUCUGCGUGCGUUACCCCUGCCACUUGUGGUAAAGUGACGAAAGUGCGUCGCCACUUGAUAACUGGCAGACUAGUGGGCAAAGAAGUUUAAAAUGAUAUAUUUUAAAAAUGUUGAAUAAAAAACAAAAAUAAUAUCUACGAAAUGUUCCGAUUUUCAUUAUUUCUUUGUAAAUGUCUGAAUACUUGCUUACUGUUCGGGUAUGUUAGUCAAGUGAAGAAAUAGUAUGGCCUUAUAUAACGUUUAAAAUACAUAAUGUACAUAUUCAGUAUCAUUUACUUAAUAUAACAUCAAAAGAAAAAGAAAUUUAUAUUUCAACAUGUUUUUGUUGUAUAUAUGACAAUUUAUUUAGUAUAACACUGAUUUCAUACAAAACGUGGUUAUUUUGACAAUUGGCAUAUCCCAAACCAAAAUCGCAAGCUUUAUAAAAGCUUGCGACAAGCUUGGGAAGCUUGCAGCCUGUUUUCAAAAAUGCAUGCUUUAGAUUUGAAAGGCACCACAAGCUUGCGACAAGCUAGUUGCAAGCUUGCGGCAAGCUAGUUGCAAGCUUGCGACAAGCUAGUUGCAAGCUUGCGGCAAGCUAGUUUCAAGCUUGCGGCAAG